AUUUAUAAAUUGUAAUAAAAUACAAACUUGUUUGCUUCCUUGUCUCUCCCUCUCUCUCUCAUCUCUCCUAUCUUCUCCAUAUAUACUUCAUCUUCACACCCCAAAACUCCACACACCAUAUCUCUCUCUCUCUCUCUAUCUGCAAAUUUUCCAAAGUUGCAUCCUUUCAAUUUUCACUUCUUUCUAAUCCAAUUCACAUUUUUUCCUCUUUUGCUAAUUCAAAUUUUGUGAAUUAUUUGAAACCCACUUCAGAAACUUUGUUUAAAUUUGAAACCAUGGAUCCAUCAUUUAGAUUCAUUAAAGAGGAGUUUCCUACUGGAUUCAGUGAUUCUCCAUCACCACCAUCUUCUUCUUCUUCCUCAUACCUUUAUUCAUCUUCCAUGGCUGAAGCAGCCCUAUAUGAUCCAACAACAUUGAGCUAUCCACAACCAAUAGAAGGUCUCCAUGAAUCAGGGCCACCUCCAUUUUUGACAAAGACAUAUGACUUGGUAGAAGAUUCAAGAACCAAUCAUGUAGUGUCUUGGAGCAAAUCCAAUAAUAGCUUCAUUGUUUGGGAUCCACAAGCUUUUUCCAUCACUCUCCUCCCCAGAUUCUUCAAGCACAAUAACUUCUCCAGUUUUGUCCGCCAGCUCAACACAUAUGGUUUCAGAAAGGUGAAUCCGGAUCGAUGGGAGUUUGCAAAUGAAGGGUUUCUAAGAGGGCAAAAGCAUCUCCUUAAGAACAUAAGGAGAAGAAAAACAAGUAACAAUAGUAAUCAACUGCAACAACCUCAAAGUUCUGAACAACAAUCUCUAGACAAUUUUUGCAUAGAAGUUGGUAGGUAUGGUCUAGAUGGAGAGAUGGACAGCCUAAGGCGAGACAAGCAAGUUCUGAUGAUGGAACUAGUGAGACUGAGACAACAACAACAAAGCACCAAAAUGUAUCUCACUUUGAUUGAAGAGAAGCUGAAGAAGACGGAAUCGAAACAACAACAAAUGAUGGGCUUCCUUGCCCGUGCAAUGCAGAAUCCAGAUUUUAUUCAGCAGCUCGUAGAGCAGAAGGAAAAGAGGAAAGAGAUAGAAGAGGCCAUCAGCAAGAAGAGACAAAGACCGAUCGAUCAAGGGAAAAGAAAUGUUGUUAAUGUGGGAGAUUAUGAUGAUGCAAGUGGUUAUGUGAAUGAUGCUGCAGCCUCAACCUCAGCCUCAGCCUCAGCUUUUCUUGAUAUGAGUCAAGAAACAUAUGGAAACAUGUCUGAAUUCGAGAUGUCGGAUUUGGACAAACUUGCUAUGCACAUUCAAGGACUUGGAGAUCAUUCCAGUACUAGGGAAGAAGUCUUGAAUGUGGAAAAAGGAAAUGAUGAGGAAGAAGAAGAAGAUCAACAACAAGGGUACCAAAAGGAGAACAAGGAGAUUUAUGGUGAAGGUUUUUGGGAAGAUUUGUUAAAUGAAGGUCAAAAUUUUGAUUUUGAAGGAGAUCAAGAAAAUGUUGAUGUGUUAAUUGAGCAACUUGGUUAUUUGGGUUCUAGUUCACACACUAGUUAAGAAGAAAUUGAAAUGAUGACUACUUUAAGCAUUUAAAUCAACUUGUUUCCUCUUAGUAAUUUGGCUUUGUUUCAAUUUAAUUAGUAAUUUGGCUUUGUUUCAAUUAAGUGAGUCGUGGUCUAACUUAUUGAAUUUGGGGGUUAAAUCUGUUACUUGUUUCUUUUGACUUAUUUUUGGAAAUAAAAUUGCUUUUUAAAACCAA